AUUGCGGAGUCCGAGCAAGGACGUGCUGGAGUGGAGAUUUUUCAAUGGGAUCGAGGGCGACUUUCUACAUGUCUUGGUGUCUGUGCAUCACCACGGGCAUUGCGUGCGUGGUCUUGGUUGUCUACUGGUACUGGCGUUGGCAUGGAGGAUUUGCCUGGGAUGGAACCCAGGCCCAAUUCAAUUGGCAUCCCGUCCUCAUGAUCAGUGGACUGCUGGUCCUCUAUGGCCUCGCCGCCGUUCUCUUCCGUGUGCCUUGGGGGUGGUCGCAUAAGAAGCGUGGAUGGAAGAUGCUUCACGCAGGACUGAUGCUGGCCGCCCUGAUUCUCGCCGGCGUCGGCCUGCACGCCGUCUUCGUCGUGCACCGCAACCUGAACAUUCCUGCGUUGUACUCUCUGCACAGCUGGGUGGGAAUGAGCGCCGUGGUGACCUUUGCGUGGCAGUGGUUCCUGGGCCUGGUCGGCUUCUUGCUACCGUGUUCUGCGCCGCGUUUGGGCGGUGCCCUGAAGGGCAUCCACGUGUGGACGGGACAAGCGGUGCUGAUGCUCACUCUGGCUGCCUGCAUCAGUGGGAUCAACGAACAGCUUUUCUUUGCACUGGAUGGUGUGUCAGCAAGUGCUUACAGCUCCCUUCCUGUGGAGGCGCUGUUUGGCAACAUGCUAGGAGUCCUGACUGUGGCGUUCAGUGUUCUCGUGUUCGGAAUUCUGUCCAAAACCGACUGGCAACGUCCAAACACCAAUACCAAUGAUGAAGCAACUCCAAUUUUGAUGAGAGAAGAAGCCAUUUAAGGGACACAGCAACAGAAUGGGACAGAAAGCACAUGAACUAUUAUCCUAUUUAAGGAUAAACGGUUCAGAAGAUGGAUGGAUUGAAAACAAGACAUGAAAACAUUUAAUCACUCAUGUAUAAUUGAUAUAUUACACUUUAUGAUUCCUGAAUUAAUAAACAAUACUCUGUCCAA